UUUGUACCCUCAUUCAUUCGCUCAAUCUUGGGCGAAAUGUCAAAGUAGUUGUAAACGAAAAUAGAACAAAAAUCAAGAAAAUCUGCAAUUUUGCACGUACAUUCAGAAAUUCCCGCUAGAUUAGUGAAAAACUCAUAAGUGAGUCCAUGUGUAGUUAUGGCGACGACGGCGUAUGAACACGACGCCGAUGGAUGUAAGUUUAUCCCAGCCACCCAAAGACCAGACGGAACAUGGCGCAAGCCGCGCCGCGUUAAGGAGGGCUACGUACCGCAGGAUGAAGUGCCCCUGUACGAGAGCAAAGGCAAGCAGUUCAAGGCGCGGCAGAGCACGGGACUGCCUGUGGGACUAACUCCAGAAAUUGUGGCUGCUGCCCAGAAACCCAAAAAGAGCCAGAGUGGCACUAUUCAGCCAAUACCAGGCAUGAUUAUCAAUGUUGAGAAAAAGAAGAAGAAAAAGAAGACAGGAGCUGACGAGGCAGCCGAGAGACUUGCCAAGUGUGAAAUCAUAGAGCCAACUUUCAACACACCUUCCCCAUCUAGUAAUACCCCUUCCACGCAGACAGACCCUGCCAAGCGUCUUAAAAACUUGAGAAAGAAGCUCCGGGACAUAGAAUACCUUGAAGAGAAAAUCAAAUCUGGUCUCCUCAAGAACCCUGACAAAGAUCAGGCUGAAAAAAUGUCAAAAAAGGGUGACAUUAUAAAAGAAAUAGAAAUUUUAGAAACUCAAACUAGUUAAUAGCAA